AUGAGCUUCUAUCAACCGCUCAUCUUGCGAUUAGAGGUGAAAAACGGUAGCAAACAAGUUGCUUUCAACGAAUCUUCGAAGUUGGAUAUAGAGCAGUCUCCAUCAACUAUCGAAAGAAAUAGAAGACGGAUCAUGUCUGGCCUCAAAAAGCGGAGCCCACCCACAGCUGCAAGCACCAGAAAUGAUGGGACCGAUGAUGCUCCGAUUGCUCCGGCAACCACAGAAAAAUAUGUUCAGCACGAAAUCCCUCAGCAGUCAGCUAAUUAUCGAGGUCGUCGUACCUACUCGGAAGUUGUAGUCGAGUCACUUGACGGAGAUCGAUGUACUGAUGUGGUUAGUACCACAUCAGACGCAGAAGUUCCACAGUCUUCGCGAUCUUCAAAAGCAGGCUCUGAAACUGUACAGUUUCCUGACCAUGUCACAUAUUAUUAUGGAAACCCAUUCGUUGAAAAAACAGAGGGGAUACUUCAUUUCUUCAAAUACAAUGACGACGGUUUAGGAAAGGACGUGCAGUGUCGAAUGCUAUGCAUGAUAGCUAUACCUUCGCAAAUUACACUACGGGAGAUUUUGCUCUUCAUUGGAGGGGCCAUACAGACCAUUGAGCGAAUCAAGGUUAUCAGGGAUUCCACUCCAAAUGAGUAUAUGGUUAUUCUCAAGUUCAAAACCCAUAAUGAUGCAGUGGUGUUUUUCGAAGAAUACAACGGAAUGCAGUUUAAUAGUCUGGAAACAAAUCAGUGUAAACUGUUAUUUGUUGAUAGGAUAGAAUGUGCAUCAGAAGAUGAGGUGGCUGCAUUGUGCGCUAGCUCUUCCGCAUCUGGCGAAGCGGGAUCCUCCAACCAUUUGACUGAGCUUCCGACGUGUGCUGUUUGUUUGGAGCGCAUGGAUGAUAGUGUUGUAUCCAUCCUCUGCAAUCACACAUUCCAUGCUGGCUGUUUGGAGCAGUGGACCGACACUACAUGCCCUGUGUGUCGAUACAUACAAACGCCUGAACUUGUAGCUGAGCAGAGAUGUUCGGAUUGUGGGCAGAGUUCCGAUCUUUGGAUAUGCUUGAUAUGUGGUAAUAUAGGGUGUGGACGGUACGCAGAAGGUCAUGCGUAUAGGCAUUUUGAAUUGACAUCGCAUACGUUCUGCUUGCAAGUCGGCGGUCAAAGAGUCUGGGAUUACGCCGGUGAUAACUAUGUCCAUCGCCUUAUUCAAUCCGAUACUGAGGGCAAAGUGGUAGAGUACCAAAGAGGAGAUGCUCAGGCCGAAUCAGAGGAGAAGAAGGACAAGUUGGAAGGAAUCAAGUUGGAGUAUACUUGCCUGCUAACUAGCCAGCUCGAAAGCCAGCGAAUGUUUUUUGAGGCUCGUUUGGCUGAUAUGGAGCGAGCGAUGAAUAAUAUGGAGAAAAUGGCUCAAGCACAAAUUGACGAUUUGGAGACAAAAUUGUCGCAAUCCUCGGCUGAGUGCAAAUCGUUGAAGCAACAGUUGCAAGAGGUCAAUGCAGCUAAACACGCGACCGAGAAAAAAUGCUCACAAGCCAUGAGCAAGUUGAGUAAGGUGACCUCUGAGUUGAAAGAAGAGCGAGAAAUGAAUGAGAUGCUACGCAAUGAUCAACAGUUGUGGAAGCACAAAGUGGAUGAGUUGGAGGAGAAGUGCGUUUCUUGUGAGAAACAGUUUUCCCAGAGAAUCAAUGAGCUGCAGCAACAAGUCUCUGAUCUUAUGCUUCAUUUCGACGCACAGUCCAAAAUCCAAGCACAACUUGAGAAUGCUCAACUAUCUAGAGAGGAGAUAGAAUCCAGUCAAGUUGGUGUGUCUAUCAGUACACCCGAAAAGAAGCAACGGCGAAAGAAUAAGAAAUGAUAUGGGUUUUAAAGAUUGUACAUUAUCCAAGUAUUCGAGUUUUAAGUCACACGUUUUCAAUGCUUGCUUUGUAUCUGUUAUAUAUAUACUUUCUUACCCUUCGGUUUUGUUGAAUCCGUGAGCUCUUUUCAUUCCUUUCAUAUGAUGUAUAGAUUUUCCACGCCUUCUAGAGUUGAUUGUAGACUUCAACAGGUGAUACUGGUGCUGAUCUCUUUUAGUUCUCUACAGCGUUUUAUUCCAGAAUUUAACUAAUGCUUAUUGCAGCUGCUAUUUAUCGCCGAAUCACAGAUUGUAUCCUCUGAUAAAGUCAAUUUUUUGAUCGUACAUAAAUUAUCC